UGCUCCGGCUCACUACACCGUCGGGGUAGUUAGUUAAUUUCUGAAUUGACCCCUUACCGCCCCAUACCCAGGCCAGUUGUCCUCGAGUCGUGAACGAUGCCCUUGCCCCAGGAGUUCGCCGUGUCGGACCAUCCACCUGCAGACGCUGUGAUCAGACACGUCCUUGCUCCAACCACCCGCAAAACGCAGCUUGUGGUUCUCAUCUCUAGCUUUUUGACUGUGAUCAUGACCAUUGGCCCGAAUCUCUCUUAUGGCGUGUUCCAGGAGUACUAUGUGACCAAUUCUGGGACGCUUCUGCCUCCAUCAGAGGCCAAGAAUCGAGGCGCCGUGGCUCUUGUCGGGACCGUUGGAGCAGGCCUGACGUGGGCAGGAUCCAUAUUCGUGAAUCCCCUGAUGACCAGAGUUAGGGGGAACGCAAACCGAAACAUUACCCUAGCUGGCUGCUUCUUGAUGAGUCUGGCUUAUGGCCUUGCCGGCUCGUGUGAUCGUCUUUGGCAGCUUGCUUUGACCCAGGGCCUCAUGUACGGUCUUGGGAGUUCAAUGCUCUACUUUCCCCUCCUCAGCAUCGCUCCUGAAUACUUUGAUCAACACCGAGGGCUCGCCAUGGGCUUCAUCUUGAGCGGAGCGGGCGUCGGUGGGUUGAUCCUAUCACCAACCGUGCGCAUUCUGCUCGAUAAUUUUGAUGCCCGAUGGAGUCUACGAAUUUUAGCCCUGGCAAAUCUCGCCAUCACGUUCCCAAUUGCUUUCUUUGCUCCACCUAGCCGCAGCACCAUAAGAAGGCCGACUUUAGUCAAUCCGGCCAUCGUCAAGAAGCCCGCUUUUAUUCUCCAGUCGUUUGCAGCCUUGCUUCAAGCUAGCGGCAACUUCGUGCCGAUGACCUUUCUUCCGGAAUUCUCCACGGUGCUCGGCUAUUCGGUCUCAUUUGGCGCGACACUGCUUGCUAUAAACAAUGGAGUCAACGCCGUCUCGAGUGCCGUGAGCGUUUUGGGUCUGUGGUUGGCGGCAGCCAACACAGGGGACAAAACCUUCUGGGUUAUGUUUGUGGUGAUAUACGGGAUAUUAGCAGGUAAGAGGAAAACCAUCCAAGCAUCGGCCACUUUAUAUCACAUACUGAACCCAAGUCUCGCAGGGGGAUACAAUGCCCUAUUUCCCACAACUGUGACUGACGUCUUCGGCGUACACGCGUAUGCUUCCGUUAAUGGCUUUCUCUACUUUAUUCGAGGCCUCGGAGCCAUGUUCGGUUCACCGGUUGGCGGCUUGAUCCUGGGAAGCUCUCGAACCUUGCUUCCUAGCGAAGAUACAGCACGUCUUCUUAAAGAUUAUCAGAGAUUGAUUUGGUACGAUGGGGCACUGCUUGUGGGAUCAUCGCUAUGCGUCAUUGGCGUCCGGGGAUUUGACGCGUUGGAGAAACGAAGAUGGGCCUGGAAAGCUUGAAGCAUUUAGCCUCUCCUACCAAGCUCCUUUGUGAGAUGGAUUUCCUCGCGGUUUCGAUCCAGGUAUCUGCGGGUAGGAUAUUGAGAUUACUCAAUUUAUUCAUGAAGCACUG